AUGAAUCGUAGAAAAGCUACAAGUGAUCCUUUUAUUAUUUAUGAUUUCUAUGAUAAAUUAGAAGCAAUAUUGGAAGAGCUGGACAUCAAAGAUAAACCAGCCAAUAUAUGGAAUUUGGAUGAGACAUACUUUUCAGCUGAUCCUUCCAGGGUACGAUCUGUUGGAGGUAUUGGUCAGAAGUUUUUCCAGAAUAUUCAGGGUUCUGGAAGAGACAAUACAACAGUGCUUGCUUGUGUGUCAGCUGCAGGCAGGGCUCUUCCACCACUUAUCAUUUUUGAGGGAGUGCACCUAUGGAGCUCCUGGAAGGGAGCACAUGAUUUAUCUGGCACAUUUUAUUCAACUACUGUUAAUGGUUUCAUGACAUCAUCAAUCUUUUCCAGCUACUUCAGUCAUUUCUGUGACACUGUGAAAGAGAGACCUUUACUUCUACUAUUGGAUGGCCACCUUAGUCAUUUAGAUCCCACAGUAAUUGAAAAAGCAAGGAAUGAGAGAAUUACAAUCAUGAAGCUGCCCCCACAUACAGCUGACCAGCUGCAACCUUUAGACAAGUGUUGCUCCAAGCCUUUUAAGGACACUUGGAAUACUGAGUUGAUUCAGUCCCAAAAUUCAUCAAUCUUUUCCAGCUACUUCAGUCAUUUCUGUGACACUGUGAAAGAGAGAGACCUUUACUUCUACUGUUGGAUGGCCACCCUAGUCAUUUAG